GUGUAAGCCGAGAAGGGGGAAGGUGGGCCUCAUCCAGGGGGAAGGCGAGGAGGAACUUCCUGCCCGCGCGCGCUCGCAGGCCCUGGGCGCGCAGGCUGGGGGCGGAGGCGCGUCAAGGUCAGCCUGGACCGAGGUGGCAGCCUGCCUAGGGGCGGGAGACCCUCCUGGGGAGCUGGCUGCGGCCUCCAAGAGCCUCGGCCAUGUUGAACAGCCACAGCUGAGCCGUCUUUGUCUGCAAAGUCCUUUCCCAAGUUCCAGGGACGUCCCCUGUGCCUGGCACAGGAAGAGCCACCAGCAGUCCUUACACUGAGUUGGAGCCGGGACACCCAUUUGCAGCUUGCGGCGGGCUUGGAACCUUGAGACUCCGACUCACGUAAGCACCCUGAAUCGAUUCCCACCAGUCCUUGAGGGGAGCGAACUGGAUCACGACCCGACUUGUUGCGGGCAGAGAAACUGGGAGGUGAGAUUCCCGGCCGCGCUCUUGGGACCGCAUCCCCACCCCAAGACUCGGCGCUGCGAGUAGUUUGGGCUCCUUGCCCGCACUCCAGAUUUCACCCUGGAGAUCUUAAAGACCCUCGAGAAAAGCCACGUGGGGGGCUGGUUCCCCUGGGGCUUCCUCCCUUCCCCUGAUUGCCUGAUCCUCUGGAGCGUCCCCGACAUCUGCAAAGAUGUGGAUUUGGACGUCCUCGUGGAAGCCUUGAAGCCCGUGGGGACAUUCAAGAAGAUCGGCAAGGUGUUCCGCCGCGAGGAGGACUCCACGGUGGGGAUGCUGCAGAUCGGCGAGGACGUAGACUAUUUGCUCAUCCCUCGCGAGGUCAGGCUGGCGGGAGGCGUCUGGAGGGUUAUCUCCAAGCCCGCCACCAAGGAGGCGGAAUUUCGGGAGCGGCUGAUCCAGUUUCUGGAGGAAGAAGGCCGCACCCUGGAGGAUGUGGCCCGCAUCAUCGAGAAGAGCACCCCCCACCCGCCCCAGCCCCCUAAAAAGUCCAAGGAGCCCGGAUCGAGGAGGAGAGUUCCGCAGAUGGUGACACCACCUCCUCGGCUGGUCGUGGGUACUUAUGACAGCAGCAAUGCCAGUGACAGCGAGUUCAGCGACUUUGAAACCUCCAGAGACAAGGAUGACAAGGACCACAAAGGCACGGGGCGCGGCAGGAGGGUUCGCAAAAUGCCUGUCAGUUACCUGGGCAGCAAAUUCCUUGGGAGCGACCUGGAGAGCGAGGAUGAUGAGGAACUGGUGGAGGCCUUCCUGAGGCGAGGAGAGAAGAAGCCCAGUGCCCUGCCGGCCCGCCGCCGUGUGACCCUGCCAGUGCCCAUGUUUGAGGACAAUCCUGGGCCCCAGCUGUCCAAGGCUGACAGAUGGCGGGAAUAUGUCAGCCAGGUGUCCUGGGGGAAGCUGAAGCGGAGGGUGAAGGGCUGGGCACCGAGGUCCAGCCCAGGGGUGGGUGAGGCCCGGCAGGCCUCUACCAGGGUGGAGAGGGAUGGCGCAUCGGUGCCAGGCAGCUCAAGCUUCGGGGAGGACAGGGGAAAUGCAGGAGAUGGGCGGGUGCCUGAGAAUCCCCCAAGUCGGUGGAGACCCAAAAUCAACUGGGCCUCCUUCCGUCAUCGCAGGAGGGAGGAAGCCCCAACUAGAGCUCAGAGAACAGAGGCUGCAGAUGAUCAGAGGGCAGAGGUAGUAGCUCUCCAGGGGGCAGAAGCUGUGGAAAAUCAGAGGGCUGAGGCCCCUGCUGUUCAGGGGGCAGAGGACCCAACUGUCCAGAGAGUAGAGGCUGCAGAUUAUCAGAGGGCAGAGGCCCUAGCUAUCCAGGGGGCAGAGGCGCCAGCUGUCCAGAGGGCAGAGGCCAUUCCUGACCAGAGGGCAGAAGCUGCAUGUAGUCAGAGGGCAGAGGCCCUGGCUGUCCAGGAAGCUGAAUCCUCAGCUGCUUGCAGAGCCACAGGGGCAACCCCAGGAGCCAGGACCCGGAAACCGGUCAAGACAGUGAGGUUCCAGACCCCCGGCCGCUUUUCGUGGUUUCGAAAGCGCCAGAGAGCCUUCUGGCACACCCCCAGGUUGCCCACCCUGCCCAAGAGAGUCCCCAGGGCAGGCGAGGCCAGGAGCCUCAGGGUCCUGAGGCCUGAGGCCAGAGCAGAAGCAGAACAUGAAGAGCAAGAAGAUCAGCUGUGAGGCGAGGGCAGGGGGGUCACAGAGGACCCUGCCACCUGUCACAGUAUUGGCCAGCCAGGGUGUGUCCCUGACUCCCCUGCACUUGGGCAGAGAUGCUAUAAUCUGUCUCCACACUUGAAAAUGGAGAUAAAUCAAGGGCCUGGCAGUACCCCUCUAAUCUCCACCUAACACCCCUCUUUUUUCUUGCUAAAAUUGUAUCUUUCAUGCAUUGAUUUAAAAAAAAAAAAUACAGACUAGGGAGCUCGCAUCAUGCAGCAGCAGAAACGAACCGAUUAGGAACCAUGAGGGUGCAGGUUUGAUCCCUGGCCUCGAACAUUGGGUUGGGGAUCUGGUGUUGCAGUGAGAUGUGGUGCAGACGUGGCUCAGAUCUGGCAUUGCUGUGGCUGUGGCGUAGGCUGGCAGCUGUAGCUCCAAUUAGACCCCUCGCCUGGGAACCUCCAUAUACCAUGGGUGCAGCCCUUAAAAAAGAAAAAAAAAAAAUACAGACUCUUCAUAGCAACUCAAAGAAUGUAAAGAAACCUAUACAACGAGGUUGCAUCACCCAAGAUUUUAACUUCCUCAAGUGCAACUCUAGGUGCUCCACUUGAAAAGGGAGGCAGGGGAGAAAUUCCUUCCCCUUCCCCUUUUUUCUUCACCAUCUUGCCUGAACACUUACAUUGACUGCCUCCUUGAACUUAAAAAUAAACAUGUUUACAAACUUA